AUGGCCGCAGCGUCGCCGCUAGCGCUCCUUCAGAGCUCCUCACACGCUAUGAAAUCAGCGCCUAGCAAUGCCGUUACAAGCGGCAGCAGAAGCCUCACAGGUAACCAGUGCCAGUCGCUGGUCUCGCGACCGUUGAUCCCCGCAAUUCGCCAGCCAGACGCACUCGAUUCCAGGCGAAUUCGUGGUCCGAUUACGGUGCAGGCCGGACUAGAUAAGCUCGGGUUUCUGGGUCGACUAGGCCGGGUGAUUAAAGAGAAGGCGCAGAGCGACUUUGACCGUGUGUUCAAGGGUGUGACUAAAACGAGGGAGAGUCUGAAGGUCGUGGAUGAGCUUCUAACGUACUGGAAUUUAAACGAGGCGGACAAUAUCCUGGAAGAGCUGGAGGAGGCUCUCAUAGUGGCGGAUUUCGGGCCGCGCACCGCGAUUCGUAUAGUGGACGGAAUCCGAGAGGAGAUUAAAGCGGGGCAGCUUAAGACCGGCAAGGAGAUCAAAGAAGCGCUGAAGCGCGCCAUUGUGAAGCUUCUCACGGACAAGGCGCCCCUGACCACGCUGGAGCUCGGCACCAGCAAGCCGGCAGUGGUGAUGAUUGUGGGCGUGAAUGGCGGCGGCAAGACCACCACCAUUGGCAAGCUAUCUCACCGAUUCAACGGCGAGGGAGCCAAG